CAUAGCAUAUGCAAAAGCCAUAAUUUAAGCAUCAAACAUAAUAGUUUCGAAGAUGUGGGCUCCAUGCAGUGAACAACUUACUUUAAGUAGAGAAAUAUACCUGGUUAGAUUUCUAAAAUAUAGCAGAAGAAAUUUAAAAAGAAACAAACUUAUCUCAUCACACUUUUUUCAUUGGAAAUUAUGAUUUUAAUGUUUUGGAGAGAGUGUUAUACAAAGAAUCGCUUGAAAUUGUAUGGAUUAAAUAGAACCAAAAAAUUGAUGAAAAUCUUAUUGCUGAUCCUUAAGUUUUUGGAUUUGUGGUUAGCAUGACCAAGUAACUCUCUAUUUUCGAAAGAUUUUGUUAAUGGGAUCCCAGACAUUGGAUUUCCAUAAGAAAAAUUGUCAAGCCUGAUGGUGACUUUUAGUUUUAUUAUCAUGACUCUUAACUUAAAUCUCCUUAAAUCAAGGAGACUCCAGAUAUGAUUUAAUAAUUGAUAGAAUUACAGAAGCAGAAAAAUGAAAAUAAUUUCAUAUUGUUAGUUAAGAAAAUAUGA